AUGAUCAACUUGGAAAAGCAAAUCUCAAAAAAUAGGGACAAUCUUCUUACUUUUGAAGCAACAGUCUCCGAAAUACAAGAAAAACUUCCACAGAGGCAGAAACAGAUCGAUGAAAUUCUGAGAGCAUUGAAUGAAAAACGGCGAGAAGUGCUUCAAAAACAGAACGAAAUUGCCGGAUUUCGAGUGAAUCGAACAGAAAAUUCGAUGAAGUCUAAAAUGGAAAAAGCAAAGAAAAAGCUGGAUGAAAUGAAGAAAAAGAAGAUUGUGCAGGACAAGAAAAUAUCUCGCCUACGAUCUGAUAUUGCCAGAAGUGAAAAAAGUUUUGACAAAGUUGAAAAGGAUAUUCAUAAAGAAAUACAACGACAAAUGGAAAAUGAGACAAAAAAGGAAGAAAUCGAACGUCGAAUCAAAAUUUUUGAAGUCGAGAAUUCUGGAAUUUCAGACGAAUUUCAAAAGCUUUUGAUUAGUUUGAAAGAAGAUUCAGAAGGAAGGGGAAAAACAGGAGAUCGGCGUAUUGGAGAAUUGGAAGUUUUAAUGGCGAAGGGAACAAAAUGUUUGGAUAUGAUGAAUGAGAAAAUUGAAAAUUUGAAAGAAAUGAAGCUGGACAAAAGUGAUUAUUUACAAGUGACAACACCAGUAUUAUCAAAAAAAGGAUCAGCAGUUGAAUCUCGAAGACGAUCAAAAUCUAAUGUUCAAAAUCCGAAAGAAAAUUGGAAACAGUUAGAAGAUUUGAAAAAGCAAAUAAUUCAAUUAAAACGAGAAUCUGAAGCUCUUCAUAUGAAUAAAUCGAGGCUUUUUGAAGAGAAAGAGGCUCUACAAAAAACUGCUGACGAGUGUCAAAGGGAAGCGGAUCGAGCUGCUCAGAACCUGAGAAAUGCUGAAAAUAUUCGAAUUUCAGAGUUGAACCGACAAGAACGGAAGCUUCAACCACCAACUCUCGUAGAAUCAAAAGAUGAAAAACGCGAAAAAGAAUAUUUGGAGAAGAAAGAAAAACUUGCAGAGAAAAUCAAACAAAUUGAAAAAUCAACAGAUGAACAAAAGACCGAAUUGGAAAGAAUACGGAAACGCUCAGAAUUUCUCAAGAGACAACUGAAAUCGUACAGUGAAUUGAAUUUGGUACAAUUUGAAAAUGAAAAAAUUGAGAAAGGAACAGAAAUUCGAAUGUUAAAAAAACAAUGGCACGAACAAAUAAUGGCUUUGAAUGUUUUGAAUAAGAAACUUCAACAAAGAGUAUUGCAACGAGAAGCAGCAAUGACGAAAGCGAAUAGUGUCGUCCAUUUGACAACAAAUGUGAGGGAUGAGAGAAAUCGUGAAAUUGACGAAUUGCAGAAAGAAAUUUCAAAAACAAAAAAUAAACUUUGAUGGGAUUAUUUAUGAGGGAAUAAACAAUAC